AUGGAAGACGUUGACGGUCAAUCACCCAAAGAGGGUUCGCGAGGGUCAAAGCGCAGGUCGAAUCGGGAGUCCCGAUCAAAGCCUGCCGAAGAAGAUGCGGUCAUGGUCGACGCCGAGCAAGCUCGCGGCGCUCCAGAAGUUUUUCCAGGUGCCGAUGAAAUGGCCUUUGCCGACGCGCCACCUCGUGAGCGCCGCCUGAAACGCUCCAACACAACGCCCAAAAAGUCGGACUCUGGGGGGUUUAUGGGCUUCAUCGGAUCGCUGCGAAAGCCCACGCGACCGGAGAUGCCUGAUCGUCGAAAGUCACGCUCAUAUCGCGACGAGGAUGGCAGACAGUUCACCGAACCAGAACGCGAAGAGCGUCGACUGCGCCGCGAGGAACGACGUCGAAGGCCUGGAAAGGCGGAGACAGACGUUGAAGGAUUUACCACUGACGCUGCCGGCCAGGGUGCUGGUGGUGAAGCAGAACCUGAGGAUGCAGAGGCUCGCCGAGCUGCUCGCCGAGCGAAACGCACUUCCCGACAGGUGACUUCAGAUACACGAGAGGUUGAGACACGCGAAGCGGAGGAACGUCGUGCCCGUCGCAAGGAGAAACUUCGAGAGCGUGAGGCACGUGAGCAACAAGCUCGUGCAGAAGAGGAGCAGCGUCGAGAGGAGGAACGACGGAUCCGCCGUGCCGCACGCGAAGAACGACGAGCCCGCGAGGAACAAGCAGCACGCGAAGCGGCCGCUGCCGAAGAGGCAAAAAUCGCGGAACGUCGCGAACGUCGCCGACUACGUGAAGAAGAAAUGAUGGCUGCGAAAACCCGGCACCGUCGAGCCCGAGCCGAAGAGCCACCAAUUGACUUUUACACACCUGAAGAGCAACUUGAUAGCCGUCGCGGAUCCCGAGUCGUCGACGACAAAGCCCGUCGACGUCGUUCAAAGGUCGCUCCUCCGCUGGAGCCAGUGCGGGCGCCAUUAAGAAUGGGUGGCCUCAAUCAUGGGGAUACAGGUGGGCCCAAGAAAGAUAAGAUUUCCAAGUGGGUCUACUCACAAGCUGAAGAGCAUCCUGAACCGCCGCCUAUCGUACCCACGCUCAUCGACCUCCCGCCGGACGAAGCCGCGGCCGUCGAGAACACUCAUUCGCUCUCUUCGGAUGAAGAGGCACGCCGUGCUGCGCGCCGAAGGGCUCGUCGUCGUGCCAAGUAUGGUGAGAUGGCUGAGGAGGAGCCGGACGAUGUACGUUCAAGGCGACGCGGAUCUCGCCGUGAAGGGAUGAAGAGUAGUUCCGGGAGUGGAGAGUAUGAGCGUGACCGUGGAAUGCGAUCGCAGCCUGAGAGUCGGCGUGGUGGUUUACCCCCGCAGCGAGGUGUUGAUGCGAAGAAACCAAGCUGGUUCAAGAAACUGACUGGUUUCUAA